AUGGACGAGGCUAUCUCGGCCGACGAGAUAGAGUUUCGCACGAACGUGCUGGAUCUCGGCUGGAAGAUCGUCGAGGAGAAGUUGCCGGAGGAGCAAGAAGAGUAUGAAAGUGAGGAGGAAACGACAGAAGAUGAAACGGAUCAAGAAGAAUCAGCCGAGGAUGAAGCAACGGAGGUGGAGACAGCUGUGGAGGAAGUGAGUGACGAGGCAUCACCGGAUGAGGAAGGUGCUGUCGAGGAGAAGCCGCUUAAGGAGACAGCAGAGUGCGAGACCGAAGAAGAAGCAAUCGAGGAGGAUUCAGAUGGAGAGGAAGAUGUGAUCGAGUUGUGGUGA